AUGGCGCGGGGAAAGAUAGUUCCCUGGGUUUACGACUUCGGGCUAUGGAUCUUCGCGUUCUGCCUCAAUCUCUUCUUUCGCGAGAUCCAUCCCAGGGCAGCAUGGCGUAUCCCCAGGCGGGGGCCAGUCAUCAUUGUCGCCGCACCUCACGCUAAUCAGUUUGUCGAUUCUGUCUUGUUGAUGCGCAUCGUAAAGCACUGUGUCAACCGUCGUGUAUCUUUUCUUAUCGCAGAAAAAUCCAUGAGAGAGCCAUACAUCGGUGCCAUGGCCGGGCAGAUGGGUGCUGUGCCCGUCGUGCGGGCAAUGGACCAUGUCAAGCCCGCCCAGGGCCAAAUCUACCUGCCUGACCCGGAGAAGGACCCAAGUCUUCUUCGGGGGAAAGGAACUGACUUUACAAGCCCUCUGUUUAUGAAAGGCGGAUCAAUAAUCCCACUCCCGGUGGAUAAGAAUGGCCCUGAGCAGCAAACUAUCGAGGAGAUCCUUGGACCCGAGGAGCUACGACUUCGAAAGCCGUUUAAAGCCUUCAAGCCUGAUCACCCGCUUUACUCAGGUCUACGUACGGGCACUACUUUCAAGGUCGCGCCGCACAUCGACCAAGGCGAGAUGUUCGAUGCGGUGUAUAGCAACCUCUGCGCCGGGGGCUGCAUCGGUAUAUUCCCUGAAGGAGGAAGCCAUGAUCGCCCUAGCUUGCUUCCUUUGAAGGCCGGUGUUGCGAUUAUCGCGUUGGGCGCUCUAGCACGAGACCCGGACUGUGGUCUUUCCAUUGUUCCAUGUGGCAUGAACUACUUUCAUCCACAUAAAUUCCGUUCGCGUGCUGUCAUAGAAUUUGGCAAUCCAAUCCAAGUCCACCCGGAUCAGGUUGAAGCGUUCAAGGCCGGGGGUGAGUCCAAGCAUAACGCAGUGGGGUCAUUGCUUGGGACGAUCCAAGCAGCACUCGCCGCUGUCACACAGCAGGCUCCGGAUUACGAGACGAUGAUGCUCAUCCAGGCCACAAGGAGACUAUACAAGCCAUUACGGAUGAAGCUUCCCCUACCCGUGGUGAUUGAGUUGAACAGACGGCUUCUCAAUGGCUAUACACAGUUCAAAAAUGAGCCCCGAGUGCUUCAGCUUAAAAAGGCCGUGUCUGAUUAUAACCGACAGCUGAGAGCUUUGGGAAUUAAAGACCAUCAGGCAGAAUGGGGCGACGUUAAGAGCCGACCAUGGUGGUUGGUCUUUGUGACCUUGAUCUACCGCAUCGGCGAACUUUUCACAUUGGCCGUGGGAACUUUACCAUCCCUACUUUUGUUCUGGCCGGUUUUCGUCAUUUCAAAGGCCAUUUCCCUCAAGAAGCAGCGCAAGGCCCUUGCCGCUUCCGUUGUUAAAUUGCAAGGCCGCGAUGUUGUGGCCACCUGGAAGAUGCUCGUCGCUAUGGGGCUGGCACCGGCAUUAUACACGUGGUACACAGUGAUUGUGACAAUCUGGCUCCGGUACUGUCGUCAUGAAGGCUAUUAUUGUGACGUGGUGCCUUGGUGGAUGAAUGCAAGACUCUACAUACCAGACUUCAUUCCUCUGUGGAUCUUCUAUAUCUUCUUCUUUGGGCUAAUGAUUGCGGUGUCUUUCGCCGGCCUACGUAUCGGUGAAAUUGGUAUUGACGUGAUGAAGUCUCUGCCUCCGCUCUUUGUUGCGCUGAAUCCAUUAUCAGCGAGUUCGCUGGCCAAGCUCAGGGCUCAACGCCAGGCAGUAGCGGCGCAAGUCGUGGAUGUUAUCAACAUGUUCGGACCAGAAAUGUUCCCCAACUUUGAGUCUGAAAGACUUGUCGAUCACGGCCAGAUGCACAGUGAUGCUUGUCUAUCUCAAUUGAAGACGGUGCCACUCAGCGAGUCGGAAUAUGAGGGUGAAAGCCGAAGCCGUGACAGUCGAAGUAGCUCGGGUAGCAGCGGCUUACCCUACGAUAGCUUCCUCAAGCCCUUUGCUCCUCUAGAAUCCAACCAAGAUCUGGGUAAGUUGAACAGGCGAAUCAGAGAUGCCAUGCAGGAGAGAGGCCGAAAGCGUUUCACAGACGAAUAUUUGCUGGAUGAGGAUGAUGAAUCAGACGACAUCUCUACCCGUGGCAUAAGAGCGCCGAUGGCAGAUGAUAAAAAGACACGGUAA